UGCUGCUGCGCCCCCCUGACCUCCGUGCCCCACGUUCUGACCCGUCCGCCGCCCCUGCCGCGCCGCUCUCCGGCGGCUGCCCCAGCUCCAAAUCCGUCCGUGCGCCGGGAGGCAUGUGAGCAGCGAGCAGAGGUGGAAUCUGCAUCGAUUUGGGAUCAUGAAGGGCCAAAGAUAGUUCAUUCUCAGAUGCAGAAGAUCUUGCAACUAUGAAACUACGGUGUAGGGAAAAGUUGCAGAAAGUUGGGACACCUAAGCAUACUGGUGUUGACUGUUUUGAUGAAGCCUGCGUUGAACAUUCAUUAGUUGAAGAAGAUAAUGAUAGUGGUGAGGAUUACAUUGCUGGUGUUAAGAAGAAGUUUACGAAAAAGCCAAGGGCUGGUGUAGAAGAGCCACAGCAGCAGGAGGUUCAAAAAGAUAAAAGCCAGGUGUCUUCCGGGGGUUGGAAUACAACCUUGAAAGAUGCAUUGGUACAAAAACCUGAGAAGAAGCUUACCCAUAGAAUUCACCAGAAGAGAAUGAAAGAGGUUAAGACUUUACUCGAAACACCUCGUGAGGAGAUAGAUCCAAUGAAGCUUAGUGCAGCACAUCUCAGAUUGUUACAAGAGGCCAGAGAGCAUGUUAAUGCAAAAGAGCUUCCAUCUGUACCAUCCUCUAAUACAAGCAGAUUUCAACUUGAAGAUAUGGAUGAUUUGGACUGCAUACAUGAGGAAGCAAGGAACUUCGACAACGACAAAACAGAAAACCAUAUACAAAAUGUAACAAAGUUGAAUUACAAUUCCUACAUGAACAUACAAACUCGAGCCAAAUGGUCGAAAUCUGAUACUGACUUGUUUUACCAGGGUCUUCAGCAAUUUGGUAGUGAUUUUGCAAUGAUACAGCAAUUAUUGCCUGCUAAGACCCGCCAUCAGGUGCGGGCAAAAUUUAAAAACGAGGAGAAAAAAAACCCGUUGCAAGUUCAUGAUGCUAUAAUUCAUCGUUCAGGAGAUUACUUGUAUUUCAAAAAGGUUAUUGAGCAGCUCAACAUUGAAGAUGAGCUGCCAGAGAUUAAUAGUACACAUAGAGAAGAAGGUGCAUCAAAUGAAGGGGGGCCUGGAAACGAGUUUUUUCUUGGACAAACACAAACUAUGUUUAUGAUGAAUUUAUUUAGUUAAAUUUGUAUCUCAUUUGUUUGUUUCUAGGAUGCACCGGAUGGUUUCAUCAACGAGGAGGAUGCACAUUGGUCUGAUGAAGAGCGUGGUGUACAAAUGCCUGAUGUGCAAGAAGUGUAUGUUUCUGGAAAUGAUGAUGAUAAUCUUGGGGAUAUUUUUGAUUGGUACUAGGCUACUAGCACAACAAUCACGAUGGAAAUUAGGACUCAUGACCUGGGAUAUUAUGAUUAUGACUGUUUACUUUCUUCUCUAUGGACAUGCGUUAUCAUUUUCUUUAUCACAGCAAUACAAAUAUACUGGUGUGGAACAGUACUGUGUUAUUUCAUCACAGCAACAAA